AUGGAGCUGUUGAGGUUUGUGUUCGUGUUGGUGUUGAGUGUGUGUGAAGCCGCAGCUGUGCCAUCCUGCAGGUGGACACACUUCAGACUCCAAACGCUGAAUGAGAAGAGCACUGGACUGCUGAAAAGCAUGGAUGAAAACUUGUUCCCGGUUGCUCUUGAAACUCUUAAUGAAGUCGCCAAAAUCUUCAACAUGACUUCAAUAACAUCAGUCACAUGGGACAGAGGGCAACUGAGAUACUUCAAGGCCCUCAUAGAUAGACAAGUGGAAAAUCUGAAGAUAUGUGUAGGGAAACAGGUCCAGACAGUGAUGGACAAAUCUGUGAGCAACAGCACCGAUACACUCAGGUCCUAUUUUGUAAAAUUGGAAGAGCGACUGAAAGAGAAGGAGUUCAGCUCAUGCGCCUGGGAGAUAGUGAGAAAAGAGCUGCUGGAUAGUCUCCAGAAGUUGCAGACUUUUAUAAAGAGCAAGAACUGA